CGGACUCGGAGGUGGAGCGGUUGGAGGGGCCGGCGGCGCCGGGGAUGGUGGCGGACCGCGGCUGAGCUUUAAUUGAAUAAAACAAUGGCAACUGCUGAUAGUGAGACACACAAUCCCCUGGAACCUAGAAUCCCAAAGCUACAGUUUGUUCCCUUCACCAGUGCCUUGGAUGCGGGAUUCUGGCAUGAGCUGACGCAGAAGAAACUUAAUGAGUAUAGAUUAGAUGAGACUCCGAAAAGUAUCAAAGGCUACUACUAUAAUGGUGAUCCUUUUGGUCUACCAGCUCGUUUAACAUUGGAGUUUAGUGCCUUUGAUGUGAAUGCUGCCACCCCGGCACACUGCUGUCCUGCUGUCGGAACAUUAUAUAACACCAACACUUUUGAAUCUUUCAAAUCCUGUGAUAAGAAGUCACUUUUGGAAAAAGCAGCAAAUGAGAUAUGGGAGACAAUAAAAUCGGGGACUGCCCUUGAAAACCCCAUGCUCUUGAACAAAUUCCUGCUUCUGACUUUUGCAGAUUUAAAAAAGUAUCGCUUCUAUUACUGGUUUUGCUACCCUGCUCUCUGCUUCCCUGAUGGUAUACCUAUUGUUCAGCAGGCAGUCUGCCUAGGUGAAAGAUUCUCUCCAACUCAGAUUCAAGCGCUCCAGAAAGCAUAUGAUGAACUUUGCCAGAGGGAGGGAGUUACUGCCUUGCCUUACUUUUUAAUCAAGUAUAAUGACAAAUCUGUUUUGGUGUCACUGCUUAAAAACUGGAAUGAUUUUUUCCAAGAUCAAGAGGAAAAGGUGACGGUUGGAGUUUAUGAUCCCUGCAAUUUUACCCAGUAUCCAGGAUGGCCGCUGAGGAACUUACUGGUCAUGGCAGCACACAGAUGGGGUAACCACCUCCAUUCAGUCGAAGUGCUCUGCUUCAGAGACAGGACCAUGCAAGGUGUGAGAGACAUAACACACAGCAGCAUCUUUGAAAUAAAUCUUCCACAGAUGCCACAGAGCCCAGUAGAUUGUCCAAAAGCUGUUGGAUGGGAGAAAAAUCAAAAAGGAGGCAUGGGUCCAAGAAUGGUGAAUCUCAGCGAAUGUAUGGAUCCUAAAAGGUUAGCUGAGUCGUCUGUGGAUCUUAAUCUUAAAUUGAUGUGCUGGCGGUUGGUGCCUACUCUUGACCUGGAGAAGAUUGUGUCUUCUAAGUGUCUGCUGCUAGGAGCUGGUACGCUGGGUUGUUGUGUAGCCAGAACCUUAAUGGGAUGGGGAGUCAGACAGAUCACAUUUGUGGACAAUGCAAAAAUCUCCUAUUCCAACCCUGUACGGCAGCCUCUAUACGAGUUUGAAGAUUGUCUCGGUGGUGGGAAGCCUAAGGCACUUGCGGCAGCAGACAGACUGCAAAAAAUAUUUCCAGGAGUGAAUGCAGAAGGAUUUAACAUGAGCAUCCCCAUGCCAGGUCACCCCGUGAAUUUUUCUGAAGUCACCAUGGAACAGGCUCGAAAGGAUGUGGCACAGCUUGAACGGCUCAUUGAUGCUCAUGAUAUUAUUUUCCUGUUAAUGGACACUAGGGAAAGUCGAUGGCUUCCUGCUGUCAUUGCAGCCAGCAAGCGGAAGCUGGUCAUCAAUGCUGCAUUGGGAUUUGACACAUUUGUUGUGAUGAGACAUGGACUAAAGAAACCAAAGCAGCAGGAGUCUGGUGAUUCAUGUUCCAACAAUGCCUCCGGCUCUGCUGAUCUCCUGGGAUCAUCGCUCUUUUCAAACAUCCCUGGCUAUAAACUUGGCUGCUACUUCUGCAAUGAUGUUGUGGCACCAGGGGAUUCCACCAGGGAUCGGACAUUGGAUCAGCAGUGCACAGUCAGUCGACCAGGAUUAGCCAUGAUAGCUGGAGCCCUUGCAGUAGAGCUAAUGGCUUCUGUUUUACAACAUCCAGAAGGUGGUUAUGCUGUUGCUAGCAGCAGUGAUGACAGAAUGAAUGAACCACCUACCUCUCUUGGGCUUGUGCCUCAUCAGAUUCGUGGCUUUUUAUCAAGAUUUGAUAAUGUCCUUCCUGUCAGCCUUGCAUUUGACAAGUGCACAGCCUGCUCUCCCAAAGUCCUUGACCAGUAUGAGCGAGAGGGGUUUAAUUUCCUUGCAAAAGUUUUUAAUUCCUCACAUUCCUUCUUAGAAGACCUAACAGGUCUGACUUUAUUACAUCAGGAAACUCAAGAUGCUGAGAUUUGGGACAUGAGUGAUGAUGAAACGGUCUGAAAGCCAAAUGAAUGAAGUGGAAGAUGACCAGCUUUAGGCUUCAGUGAUGUCUUUUAUCCGUCAUUUGACAAGUUAAUGAUUGCUUACACAUUUUGACUUACAAAUAUAAACAAAUAUAAUCUACAUCUGUGCUAUGAAUGGGACAUUAUCUUGAACUAAAAUAAUAGUUCUACUGUGGAUGUAAUUCUCCCUGCUAGAGCAAUGUGUUUGUUUAAAUCCACUUUCUAUUUUUUUUUUUCUAUUUCUAAACAUAGCUUACAUAUAAAAUAUGCCACUUUAAAUAGCCUUUGGUGUUUUCUUUUGUCCCAGUUUUCAUUUUACUUGUCAAUAGAUAUGCCUAAAUAUCAUUGUAUUUUUCAUGUUUCAAUGAUUUGUCGCAUUUUAUAACUAUUUAAUAUUCAGGCUAUAAGAAAAUUCCCCUAUAGAUGGAAAUUAAAUCACAUUGUUAUUUAAGGGAGUGGGAAAAAGGUAACUAAACAUCCACCUACACAUUUUUACUGUGUUAGAUCAUGUUGUAACAUCCUAGCCCCCCUCCUUAUUAUAAUGCAGUUGGUCUUGCCUGUGCAGAUGGGAACAGACAAAGCUUCAGAAUCUUAUUAGAGUCCUGUAAAAGGCUUGAGCUGUAGCAUGAUUCCACCCUGUGGAUAAAGCAUCAUUUGACAUUGCCUACCUAGUGAAGACCAAACUGUGUUUAUAUCCUGAUUGAGGGCUAUGAUGCUUAUAGCAAGAUCCAUUACACAGUAAAAAUUGCUUUGAAGGUAGAUCCUUAGCUAGAUAAAAGUGUAUAGUGUAAUUGAUAUAUAUAUAUAUAAGGCAGUGGUUCUCCAGCUUUGUCAUUCUUAAAUCAUACCACCUAGCAUGUUCAUGGACAUCAAAACAGUCCUAACCCUCAUCUCCCAUUGGAGGCAUUUGAAAUGUUUCUUGCUGGUGCACAAAACCAUAGUUUGAGAACCACAGAGAAAAAGGAUAAUUUAUGAAACUCAAAAUUUUAAAAUAUCAAGUGUAUUACCACCCUAAAUGUAAAGAGAAAUAUAUCUAUCGUUUUGCAUCUUGAAAUAGCUAAAAACAAAAAAGUUUUAAGCCUCUUUUACAGCUUAAAUCUGGUUAUUUGCAUUGCUUCAUUCAUGAGGAAAAAUGGAAACUGCAUUAUUGUUUGUUGUCUUCCAACCAUUCUUUCCUUUGCAUAUAAAACCAUUCUGUCCUUAGCCUUAAGAAAAGGUACAGCAAUCCAUCCAAUUAGUCAAUCAGUCAAAUUCUCUUGUGUUCUUUCUUACCUUUAAUUAAGUUCCAAGACCCUGAAUGUAGAAGUCAGAUCAACUUGUUCAUUUGCCUGCUAAGCUGACAUACCAUUUGGGGGGAAGUUCUAUAAGGGUCAGUUCACCCAGAGCAGAGGGUGCCCACAGCUCCUAAAUUAUGAACUUACGUGACAUUUUAACGAAACACAGUGCCCUCUUCAUGGGAUGUCUAAAAUGUUAUCUCUCCUUAUGCAAACUUACAUUUUUUUUCAAAAACCAUAAAUGAAUGUCUCAGCUAAGGAAUGCCAGUGUAAUAUAAAAUAUAUUCUACUAAUCUAGCUAUAAAAUAAGUUAUUGAGUCAUACACACACACACACACACACACACACACACACACACACCUGAUAUCUUGACUGUUUGAUAAUGAACACUGGGAAAUUCCCAUUUGUAUGCAUGGGAAACUGUUUUUUUGAUGAACGUGAACUAACAAAACAUAUAUUCUAAGGUUAUUUAUAAGUCCCUGAUUCUCAUGCAUUCAAAGGAGCUGUAAUUUUUGUAGUCCAGUUGUCAUCAGACUGCAGUUCGGGCUAGGAAGUAUCAGUAUGAUGGCAGCUUGCGGAGAGAGACCAGCAUCUAUAUCACUCAUAGUUACAGAGAUUGUGAAAAGGAAAAAUCUAAUUUGAAAUUGAGCAGACUUGAUUAUCUGAAACUCCACAAAGGGUCAUGUCCCCCCAGGUUUUAUUAAUAAAAUUGAAAAUUCCCUCAAUUAUCUGAAACUAUGAUUGUCAAAAUAAAGUUGCACUGUAUUUUUAAGUAAUACAUAUCCCUUUAACUAUUGAAGUAUCUAAGAUCUAAAACUCAGGGUUAAUAUGAGGUUUCCUUCCCUCUGUAAUUUCAGUAACAUACAACUGUGUCAGACUGUGCUUAUUCCCGUACAUACGCUUCCCAGAUGUGCUUGAUGUUCCAAAACACUCCAGUUUGACUUGGAAAAACUUCCGUUGUCUAACUUCACUGUUUUCUUUCUCCCUGAAAACCAAAAUUGUUCUUAUUUUGCCUCUAAAAUGUUUUAAGCAUUUACUGAGGAGGGAAAUAGUGAAAACAUAUAUUCCCAUGAAUGAAAACAUAUAUUAAAAUAGUAUAAGCCGCUAAGUACUGUUAUUUACUGACUUGUACACACUAGCAGCACGGUUUUGGCAUAGCUCUCCCAUCUGCUGUUAUUGCUGCUAAAUGGAGGAAGUUGAAAUUUGAACUUCAUGCAGGGAGUGGGGGAGUUAAUUUUAUUUUUGCUGGAAUGAGCUCAUAGGCAAUGAAAGGGCAAAACUCAUCCCUUCGUUCUACAGGCCAACAGCUGCCACUACCCUUAGGACAUUUACCCAAUCUGGCUGGGGUGGUAGAAUGUGUAGCUUCCUCUGAGGUUGCUGUUAUUACCUCUUCACAAAACAUCUAAUGUAAAUAUAGUGAGAUCAUAAGGCAGUGCAGGUGGCACCCUAGAGAGCAACUGUGCCAUCUGCACAACACAUCUGAGGCCAAAUUUAAUUCUGCUGUAACUCCACUGACUUCCGUAGAGAUUCAUCAGGUAUGAAUUUGGCCCUCAGAGAAUUAACAUCUCUGAAAAUUGUAGCCUAGAUCUCACUUUCAAAUAUCUUCAACUAAAGAUAAUUUUUUGUUAGUACCACUCUGUCAAUGAUGUAUUUGCUGGGUACAGUCGGAAUGCUAUCCUGUCUUAAUAAUACAUUCAUGAAAAGGAGAAACCUGAUAUUUUCUGUUUCAGAGUACAUUUUGGACACAACCUAUUUUAGGUUAUGGCUAAACCUACACCCAUCAGGUUAAUUCUGAGUGCUGUAAUCCCAAUUUCAUGGUUUGCUGCUGUUCAUGCAUUGCCAUAUGUGUUUGUAAUCUGUGUUUUAGGAGGGACAUUUACCCACUGGGGCAGAUCUUCAGCAGGUAUAAACUGUCAUAGCUCCAAUGAAGUUAGUGGAGAUGUGACCACUUGCACCAGCUGAGAAUCUGCUGCAUGAGGCUAGUUCAGGGCCCCUAACAUAGCCAUAACAAACAAGGACACAGAUACAAUGUGGGGACAAAUAAAAGAACCUCUUUGCACCGUGGAAAGACUCUCCAUGCCAGCUUCCCAUAGGCUGGCCUGAAAAAACACAAUCGGAUGGGCCCAUGGGGUCUAUGUUCACACAAAUCCAGUGGCCCCAAGAUCUAGGGUGAAAUCCUGGCUGAAAUCAAUGACAAAACUCUCAUUAACAGAAUUUUCACGCCCAGUGCAUCUGGUGCAGAGGGGCUCUGGCUGCUACCCCAGCCCAUGGGCUUACGUGAGCUUAGGAAGGUAGGUUUCAAUGCCCUCUGCAUCCUGCCUGCAUAGAGCCUGGUUACCCAUAGCUCUAUGCAGGAGGGAGGGAUUUGACCCUGAGUGAACUCCAGUCCUAUAAACUGACAUAUCCUUUUUGCUGGUUAUGAACUCUUGUUCCUCCUCUUUCACUCUGCACUUUCUGAAUAAAUCUUCUGCAUGUAAAGAUUGACUAUAUUCACCUUUCAUGUAUGAUGCAAGUACCUGUGACGGGUUGGAUCACAGAACCCCCCUGGGGAGCUGCCACCUGAUGUACCAAGACUACCCCUGCUUCUGUUUUCCCUGCCAGCUCAGGACUCCAGCACCUUGUCUUGCUGAGCCAGACACUCCCGUCUGCUCCAACAUAGACCCAGGGUCUGAAUAACUUGCCCCAAAGCUGCAAGUUUACCUGAAAACAGCUCACAGAAGUGUGCUUGUCUUUAGCUCUCAGGUGCCCAACUCCCAAUGGGGUCUAAACCCAAAUAAAUCCGUUUUACCCUGCAUAAAGCUUAUGCAGGGCAAACUCAUAAAUUGUUCGCCCUCUAUAACACUAAUAGAGAGAUAUGCACAGUUGUUUACUCCCCCACGUAUUAAUACAUACUCUGAGUUAAUUAAUAAGGAAAAAGUGAUUUUAUUAAAUGCAGAGAAUAGGAUUUAAGUGGUUCCAAGUAGUAACAGACAGAACAAAGUAAGUCACCAAGCAAAAUAAAAUAAAAUGCGCAAAUCUAUGCCUAAUCAAACUGAAUGCAGAUAAUCUCACCCUCAGAGAUGCUUCAGUAAGUUUUUUCUCAGACUGGACACCUUCCAGGCCUGGGCACAAUUCUUUUCCCUGGUACAGCUCUUGUUCCAGCUUAGGUGGUAGCUAGGGGAUUCUUCAUGAUGGCUCCUCUUCCCUUUGUUCUCUUCCACCCCUUUAUAUAUCUUUUGCAUAAGGCGGGAACCCUUUGUCCCUCUGGGUUUCCACCCCCCCCCUCACUGGAAAAGCACCAGGUUAAAGAUGGAUUCCAGUUCAGGUGAUGUGAUCACAUGUCACUACAAGACUUCAUUGCCCACUUGCCAGCACACACAUAUACAAGAAGACUAACAGGUAAGCACAGCCAUCUGCAGACAAUGGUCCUUGUUAAUGGGAGUCAUCAAGAUUCCAAACCAUGAUUAAUGGCCCACACUUUACAUAAUUACAAUAGGCCCUCAGAGUUAUGUUUUAUAUUUCUAGUUCUAGAUACAAGAGUGGUACAUUUCUACAAAUAGGAUGAUCAUACUCAGUAGAUUAUGAGCUUUGUAAUGAUACCUUACAAGAGACCUUUUGCACGAACCAUAUCCCAGUUGCAUUAUAUUCACUUAUCAUCAAAUCUUUAUAAAACUAUCCCACUUACAUUAUAUUCAUUUAUUAUCAUGUUUUUAUAAAACCAUAUAGACUGCACAACAUCACAGUACCAUUAAUAGAAUAGAGCAAUAUGUUAUAUAUUUCUGCCCUAUCCAUCCUACCUGCCUGUUAACUUUUAAAUAACUAUUAUUGGUGUGGAGGGGGUUGGACAUAACGAAAAUUUAACAUACAUAGUAGAAUCCUCUUGUAGUGACAUUUUUUUCCCUCCCAGAAUAACUUCACUGUAGGUUUAGCUAGAAUUCCAAUUUGCACAUUGCAAUACAUUGAAACAGUGGCUCAUAGGGCUACUUUACAUUGAAGAGUUUCCCUAUUUCCAACUUCCCUGUGAGCUCCAUUGCACUUUCUCCUGCUCCAUCCACCACAAAUCAAAACAUGUGAGAGUGCUAAGGAAUCAAAUCCAUAGAAUGUACAAUUAGCUUUAAUUUCCCAAGGCAGAAAAAGAUCUUCAAUUAUGAUUCUGCUCUGAAAAGAGACUGUAAAAGUGGCACCUUCUUCAACUGAUCUGCUCUUUCUGUGUCUAUAGCAUUAUGUCAGCACUAGUGACAAAGAUUAAUUUUUACUCUGGCUAACGCUGCAGCUCCAACACCACUUCAAAAAUAUGAAUUGAAUUCAGUUGUUAACCAAGUUCCAAUUUCAGAGGCAGGACUGAACUUCCCAUAAGGACACCAGUGCAACUCUUUUGAAGUCCAUCGAGGUGCACAGGUGUCACUGAGAGCAGAAUUUGUAUACAAUAGAAUUGCUCAGAUAUGACCAAAGGCAGAUUUUGAAAUGAUAGGGUUGCUCAGUUGUAACUGAGUUCAGAAUUUGGUUAUAGAACUCUAUUAAUGGCAAUAAUAUGUGAAAAGAUCUGUGAGAUCCCAGGAGACAAUUCCAGAGUUGGUGAGCUCGGAAAAAACCUGACCACAUUUGCAAUGGAAUUACUGAGAUCCAUAAAGAUUGACCAAUGGUCCAACGGAGCCCUUUUUACAGUCAUUUUUCAGAGUAUAGCCACGUUUUAAGUGUUCAAACCUAAUGUAGUCUCCUCUCAGUUAUUAGGGGAACAGAAGGGAUAGGUCACAUUCUUUCAAAAAUAAAUAUACAAUUGACCUUUCUUCUCAUUCUGCCAAUAUAAAAGAGAUGCUUCUAUUCUAUAUAUAGAAAAAGAAACACAUUUCUCUAUCAUGGGUGCAAGUAGCCAUUCACUUGUAUGCUUCACUAUAUCUUCAUGUGUUAGGACACAUCAGAAGGUAAAGAGGGAAUAAACAGUGUGAUAUAUAUUUUUCUUGAUGAAUUAUCUAUGUUUUAAAACCUAACAUUUUUUAAAAAUGGUAAUGCAAUAGUUUGCUUAGAGACAAAUAAGGAGCCAUAGUCCAAAGAAAACAAUUAAAGAAACAUGUGAAGGAUGAUAAACAUUAGCAGGUUUGCUAAGAAUCACAGUCUGCAAGACUUCCCUAAUACAUUAUCAUUUCUGUCCAAAUCUUUUGACAUGGAUGGGAUCCUCAGCUAUUUUCUUUUUCAACAUUUUCCAACUUCAUUGCAGAUGUUAUUGUCCUUGGGGGGAAAUCCUGCCAAAUGAUAAUGAAAUUUCCUAUGUAGGAGACUUCUUGCACCUUCUUCUGAAGCAUCUGGUGCUGGCCAUUGUUGGAGACAGGAUUCUGGACUUAGAUAGACCUUUGGUCUGAUCCAGUCUGGCAAUUCCUAUCUUCCUAAUCAAUGGAGACCAAAUCUAGGUGUCCCAUUCUGAUACCAUGUCUCUAUAUUUUUUUCUGCAGCUGACCAGAAUCUCUAUGGAGGCCUAGCAGGGUUUAAAAAUACCAUGGUUCUACAUGCAUGUGUGAUGCAUCUUUCCAAAUCAGUGCAGGGUUUCUCUGCAUUACUUCAGGAAUUCAGCAUGAUCAUUAAAAAGAAGUGUGUGUUUAUUUUCUCAUUUGUGCAGCAUAUUCAACUAUUGAAAUGAAAAAUAUCAAAUUCCAUGGAGAACGCACCUUCAUCCAAUAUCCUUAGGAUUGCCAACCUGUGGCCCCUUGCUAUGGACAAUGGCUAAUUUUCCAAAUCUUUUUGGACUCGUUUUAAGCAUUGAGUCACUAAGACAUUGGCCCACAUAGCUCUUGUGGAGCUCUCUACUUUGUGGUAACACUAACUGCUUGACUAAGAUAGGCAUUUUAAUUUAUUUUAAAUAAAAUAUUAAAAAUAAAGAUCUCUAACUAAAAUAUUUUGAGUAAUCUAACAGAAAUGCCAAUAACACGUGCAUAAUGCUGUAUUGCUAAGCAAAUGUAUGAUCUUGAUUUGUAUCCUCUCUCUUUCUGUCACACUCCCUUACUCUAUCUUCCCUUUUUCCUCUUCUUUAGUUGUGCCAUGUCUCUGUUUAGUCUCUUAUCUUGCAAAAACUUAAGCAAGUGAUUAACUUACCUUUGCAGGAUUAGGGAUUUAAAUUAUGAACUCUCUGGGAAGGGGGAUCCAUGUCUUUUGAUUUGUUUGUGAAUCACCUUGCCCGCUUUUAGGCUCUACAUAAAGAAUAAUAGGAAGAGUGAAAUCCAAUCUCGUUCUCACGGACCAGGUCAGUAAUGUUUCCUUCCCCCUCUUCCACACUCCCUUCUCUUGCACUUAGUACUGUGUGAACUGUCUUACUUAACUUUGAUUCAUGCAUCCCUGCCAAGAGUAGACAGUGCUGCAGGAAGCUAAUUGGUGCUCCUGAGGGUGCAGGAUGGCUUCUCAUUGCUCUAGUUUCCAAAUCAAACCAGUAUGGGCUGGAUGUGGGUGUGGAGGAGCACAUCAGGAACUGCUCCCAGCUAAUGGAAACGUGCCUAACUUAAGAACUGAGUGGUUCCAAAACCAGUUCAACCUUGGUGGAAAUUAACCUUUGGAUUGUGUUUUGACAGCUUGCACACUGAUGCCCAGUUACAACUUCACUUUUUUCCUCAGUGUUUACUGGGUUGAAGCACUGUCCAUUCAUUGGGGGGUAAAAUAUGAAUGAACACGGGGUGGGGGGGAAUUAUUAAUAACCUACAUUUAUAUUUUAGCCAUGACCCCCUCCCAAAUUAGUGCAAAUAAAGAGUAAAGGGAUUCUCUUAAAUAGAUUUGUUUGGUUUGCAUGGCUUUAAAAAUAUUUUUUUUUACAUAUUUUUAACUCUCUGAAGUCUCCCUCUUAUACAGUAGUUCUGUAGGAGUUGCCACUUCCUCAGGAAUCUAUGACUCAGAGAGUGUAUAAAUAAAAUGACAUCACUGCCAAGCUUUGUUUGGAUUGCCCAUUUCCUAAAUGGAGACUCUGUUGUUCUAACUUUAAUGCUUGCAUCAGUUGUUGUUGGUUUUUUAAAUAGUAAAAGCAUCCUUGCCAACACUGACUAAUACAUAUUCAGUGCAAUUAUCUUUUUGAAUCCUUUAAAUCACCUAUUUUGAAGUUCAGUUAAAGCAGUAGACACCACAUGUUAAUUCAAGAUAUUAUUCAUGACUAAAAUAAUUGUAACGUACAAGUUAUUGUUGUUACACAGUAUUCCUAAUAUACUGCCAAUGUGCAAUGGGGGAAACAGCUGAGUGUGAGAGCAUCAUUUUUUUCCAUUAUUAUUUUAACAAACAAUGAAAAGAAAAACAAUUGUUUCUUCUGAAACAACUUAUUUUUACCAUGAAAAACAGGCAAUAGCUCUCUCUGUGGAUAAGUGUCAUCCAGUAGGUAGAGGCUUCACUUUUUAUGUCCCAUGCUUUAGCUUCCCACUCAAAUAUUUGUAAAUAUUUCCAACCCCCCUGCUUCCAAUGAGCAUGCAGCCUCAAAUCACUGAAGGGUAAGAGUUAGAUCCCAAUUGUAUUUUUCCUGAAAGCAACACUUUUCAGUUAGAACUGCCUUUUAAUACACCAUCGAAAUAGAUAGACCCAAAACACAUCCUACUUCUUUGCUGGGAGUCACAGGUGCACGCAGGAAAUGAGCUGUUCUCCCGUGGGGUUCCUGUCUGCUGCAUUCUUCUGAGCUCAAGGCCAAAUCUGCACUUCUUAGCCAAAAUGCCCUGUGACACCACUGCAAAAUGUGGCCAUCAGAUUAUCAAGGGCAAUUUGCUCAUUGUGAAGAGUUAGAUUGCUUGUCCAGGUCAUUUUAUUCACUGGUUUCAGGAAAGAGCAUGUUGCACUGGAGUAACAUGCCCUGAUUUUUGUUGUAGAGUAAUGAAGCAGUGUUUCUUUGUUUAAACAGCAGCAAAAAAUGUAAUUCCAGGAAUAGAUAGACUUUAGUAAGACAGAGUCUAUAGCUAUAUUCUCUGACUGUCCUUUGAUUAUGUCAGUUCUCACCAACUAGGAAGGGCUAGCCUGGUUAGAGCUUAAUAGGUGACCUCUAAAGAAAGCCCAGGUGCUCCUAGGUGGUGGUCUUUCUUCUGAGUGAAUCAGUACUUUACCAAACCCUGGCACAGUGUUAGGAAGAACUGUGCUGUCACAGCAGUUAUCUUUCAGAUGAGAAACAAAACCUAGGACCUAAAAAGAUCCCCUAACACCUUCUGUAAUGGAAGGGGGAUUCCUCAACCCUGGUGUCCUAGCCAAGUUCAUUUGGGGCAAUUUCAUUUUGUCUUCCCAAAUUGCUGCUGCAGUUUCUCUUCUGUUCUUUGCUGUCUGUCAGACUAUCAUGUAGGGUUGCUGUGUUGUUGUUAACAGAAAAAAAUCUUAACAAACAAAUUCAAACUGCUGCAUUCCACUCCAAAGGUGACUGUUUUUCAGUGAUUGCUGAAGCAAUAGUUGCAUAUUGUCAUUUGUACUGUGCUUUAGUAUCCUUUGAGAUGACAGGUGCUAGAUAAAUGUAAUAAUCUGAUUAUAGUUUGGUCACACAGAUAUGAAACAGUACUAAAUAUUUUCUAUUCUAAAUAAAAGUUUGGUAGUUGAGGUGGCUACCAUACAGCCAGGUUAAAGUGUAAUCAUACAUUUCCUUAAAUCCACACCUAUCCUCUUCCCAGGCAUUUAUUGCAGGGCAGUGUUCACUGCAAAUAUCUUCUAAUUCUACCCUUGGAUAAGCACCUAGAAAGUUCACUGGGAAGGAAGAUGUGCCUUGACAAAUGCCUCAUCGGCAUUUGUGGUUUUAUGUACAGCAGCAUGUCAGCUUGUGGAAUGAAUGAACGAUGUUAAUUUUGCAGUAUUAAAUCUGUCGGGCAACAACCAGUAUAUGGAAUCCAGUCAAAAUGUUAUUGCUGACACCGUGAUGUACACCAUGCAUAACUUGUGCUUUCACAAAUCCUAGCAGUAAAGUACUCUAGUUUCUUAGGGACUGUAGUCCACUAAGUGGGAAUGCAAUUGCAUCAACCAGCUCAGAUCCAGCUUGACAGACUUCAAAUAGGCUUCUUGGAAAUUGCUUGUUCAUGUAUGUAGGGGUGAGAAGGGGAACAAGUCAAAUUAUGCACAUGUGAUAAAAUUAUGUUGGGUACAAAUAGAGUUUGCCUAUGUUGCUGUUGAUGUUCUAGCACUGUUACCAACAAGCGAUAGUAUCUGUUACUUUACUUAGCUGCCUCAUAGAAUGGUAGCAGCUGGGGAUCAUGCAUAGAAUCUGAGGGGGACUAGUGUCAAGCACCUUGAUGCCUAAAAAUGAAUUGGAAAUGGAGACAGAAAUAUAUAUUAACUUGGGAUGUUGAAAAUGAAUAUGAUGUAAAUGUCAUCUGUAUCUUGCAUGUAGGAGGCAAUCUGUCUGCCCACUAUGACAAACAGUGUUGUGCAUUGUUUUUAAGCAUGACCUACUAAGAUUUAGUCAUUAUAUUGUUCUUCAGUGUUUUUGAACUCCCGAAUGAUUAUGACGUCAGAAAAUUUCUCAAUCAAGCUAUUGUACACUGGUACUAACAGUUUUGAGAUAAUAUGAAUUGUUCACUUCUGUGACAACUAAAGAUAUAUUUGUAUU